CUUGGCAGCCGUAGUCCAGCCAUGGUCCGUGCGCCCGCUCCAUACGUGCACUGACACACCCAGACUCUGGAUCUAUCCUGGAUCGGUGGCAUCCCUCCCCUCGACCUUCCCGAUCUCCAUCAUUUCUCUUGAAUCGUCGAGUCGAGUCUGCCAAAACCAACGCCAUUUUCUCUAUGAAUUCCCAUAGCAGACAAGGCUGUCUAACCCACACCGAGCAGCCUCUGGAGCUGCUGAAGGCAUCCACCAUGAACCACUUCCAGACUGUGGACGUGAGCACGGCGGCGGUGCUCCCCAUGCAGGUGCCCCCUACCACCCCCAACAUUCUCCCCAUGGACCUCCGCAUCGUGGACCACCACCAUCACCACCACCACCCCCACCACCACCACAUCCAUCAGGCCCAUCAGCAGCAGCACCAAGCCCAGGCCCCCCACUUCGGCCUGGGACCCCCCGCGCCCCCCGCCUCCACCACCUCCCCCACCUCCUCUGACCCUGGGGCUGGUCAGGUACCAGGGGGUGGGGAACAGCAGCUACAGGAGGAGCUCCUGUCUCUGAAGCACAAGCAGCAGGUCCAGAGACAGCUGCUGAUCGCAGAGUUCCAGAGGCAGCAUGAACAACUGUCCAGGCAGCACGAGGUGCAGCUACAGGAACACAUCAAGCACCAGCAGGAUCUGCUGGCCCUGAAGCACCAGCAGGAGCUGCUGGAGCACCAGAGGAAGAUGGAGCGCCACCGCCUGGAGCAGGAGGUGGAGAAGCAGCAGCGGGAGCACAAGCUGCAGCAGCUCAAGAACAAGGAGCGGGGCCAGGAGAGUGCGGUAGCAAGCACAGAGGUGAAGAUGCGCCUGCAGGAGUUUGUCCUGAACAAGAAGAAGGCGUUGGCCCACAGGAGCCUGAACCACUGCCUGCCCAGCGACCCACGCUACUGGUAUGGGAAAACUCAGCACAGUUCUCUGGACCAGAGCUCGCCGCCGCAGACCGCCCUCUCGGCCUACAACCACUCGAUGCUGGGGAUGUACGACUCGCGGGACGACUUCCCCCUGCGCAAGACAGCGUCGGAGCCCAACCUGAAGCUGCGGUCCCGGUUGAAGCAGAAGGUGACGGAGCGGCGCAGCAGCCCUCUGCUCCGCAGGAAGGACGGCGCCAUCACCACCGCCAAGAAGCGCUCCCUGGACAUGGCCGAAUCUGUGUGUAACAGCGCCCCUGGAUCCGGACCUUCCUCCCCCAACAACAGCUCCAGUAACAUCCCCCACGAGAACGGAUUGCCCAUUUCUAGCAGCCCGUGUGAGGUAUCCCUGCUCCAGAGGCUGGCGGCCAGAGAUGGCUCUGUGAGCCAGCUGUCUCUGUACACCUCACCCUCACUGCCCAACAUCACCCUGGGCCUGCCAGCCACCGGCCCGGCCAGCAGCUUACUGUCAGUCCGUCAGGACGGAGAGAGCCGGCUGGCGUUGCAAGGGUUACAGCACGGGAUCCCGUUGUCCCCGCCGUUCCGGCCCGGCACUCACUUGCCGGCCUACCUGGAGGGGGCUGGGGUGCCUGGGGGCUCCCACAACCCCCUCCUCCAACACAUGGUCCUACUGGAGCAGGCCCACAACCCACUAGGACUCCCCCUGCCCUCGCCCUCCGUGUCCAAGCUGGCACGGGGCCACCGGCCCCUGGGACGCACCCAGUCGGCCCCCCUGCCCCAGCAGCAGGCCGGGCCGGCCCAGGCCCUGCAGCAGCUGGUGGUCCAGCAGCAGCACCAACAGUUCCUGGAGAAACACAAGCAGCAGUUCCAGCAGCAACACAUCAUCAACAAGAUGAUGACCAAGCCCAGCGAGCAGCCCUCUUCCUCCUCCUCCUCCUCCUCCUCCUCCCGCCAGCACCAGAGCCAUCCCGAGGAGACGGAGGAGGAGCUCCGGGAGCACCAGGGGCUCUCCUCGGUCUCGCCCGCCAGCUCCUCCUCCUCGCCUCCGACCAACCACCACCACCUCCACAGCAGCGCCGCCUCCCUGGCCUCGGGCCAGCAGGAGCAGCGGGGCCUGGUCAUCAAGCAGGAGCCCCUUGACCCCCAGGAGGAGCAGGAGGAGCGGGAGCGGCAGACCGAGGAGCUGCUCUUCAGACAGCAGCAGGCUCUGCUGUUGGAGCAGCAGAGGAUCCACCAGCUGAGGAACUACCAGGCCUCCAUGGAGGCGGCUGGCCUCUCCAUCAGCUUCGCCGGGCACCGCCCCUUGUCGAGGGCCCAAUCAUCACCCGCCUCCGCCUCCUUCCCAUUGGUGGUCCAAGACCCGCCCUCCAAGCCACGCUUCACCACAGGUCUGGUGUACGACUCUCUGAUGCAGAAGCACCAGUGCAUCUGUGGUAACAGCACCAGCCACCCGGAGCACGCUGGCCGCAUCCAAAGCAUCUGGUCCAGGCUGCAGGAAAGAGGCCUGCGGGCGCACUGUGAGUGUAUCCGGGGGAGGAAGGCUAGUUUGGAGGAGCUCCAGACUGUCCACUCUGAAGCACACGUCCUGCUGUACGGAACCAACCCUCUACGGCAGAAACUGGACUGUGCUGUGAACCCCAUGUUUGUGCGACUGCCUUGUGGAGGAAUCGGGGUGGACAGUGACACCAUUUGGAACGACGUGCACUCGUCGAGCGCGGCCCGCCUGGCGGUGGGCUCGGUGGUGGAGCUGGUGUUCAAGGUCGCAUCCGGAGAGAUCAAGAACGGGUUCGCCGUGGUACGACCCCCGGGCCACCACGCGGAGGAGAGCACGCCCAUGGGUUUCUGUUACUUCAACUCGGUUGCCAUCGCUGCCAAACUUCUCCAGCAGAGGCUGAGUGUCAGCAAGAUCCUCAUCGUGGACUGGGACGUUCACCAUGGUAACGGUACUCAGCAGGCAUUCUACAGCGACCCCAACGUCCUCUAUCUGUCCCUCCAUCGCUACGACGACGGCAACUUCUUCCCUGGCAGCGGGGCGCCAGACGAGGUGGGCACAGGAGCAGGGGUUGGCUUCAACGUCAACAUGGCGUUCACUGGAGGACUGGAGCCUCCCAUGGGCGACGCCGACUACCUGGCUGCCUUCAGGACGGUGGUGAUGCCCAUCGCCAAUGAGUUUGCCCCCGACGUGGUGCUGGUGUCCUCGGGCUUCGACGCGGUGGAGGGCCACGCUCCUCCGCUGGGAGGUUACAGACUCACCGCCAAAUGCUUCGGCUACCUGACCCGGCAGCUGAUGGGCCUGGCUGGGGGGAGGGUGGUGCUGGCGCUGGAGGGGGGUCACGACCUCACCGCCAUCUGUGACGCCUCCGAGGCCUGCGUCUCCGCGCUGCUCGGCAACGAGCUGGACCCACUACCAGACGAGGUGGUGCAGCAGAGGCCCAACGCCAACGCUGUCCAGUCCAUGGAGAAUGUCCUGGAGAUCCAGGGCAAGUACUGGCGCUCUCUGCAGCGGUCUGCGUCGAAGCUGGGCUACUCCCUGAGCGAGGUGCUCCGCUCUGAGAGCGAAGAGACCGAGACGGUCACCGCCAUGGCGUCACUGUCUGUCGCCAACAAGCACAUCAGCAAAAGGACUGAGGAGGAGCCGAUGGAGGAGGAAGUGGACCCGGCGUUCAACCACUCAUAAGCCAAGCCUGCCUCUCGGACAUUGUUCUCAUCCAAUCUAAACCACUGUUUCAGUUCAAA